GGUUCGACGCCUGGAAAGUGACAGGAGAGCCGCCAGUUGUUGACAUUUUUCUCAAGCGUUUUAAUUUGUGUUGUGCUGACAGAAAUGGACGACCAGGGGUGUCCGAGAUGCAAAACAACCAAGUACAGGAAUCCGUCGCUGAAGCUGAUGGUGAACGUCUGCGGUCACACGCUAUGCGAGAACUGUGUGGAGAUGCUGUUUGUGCGCGGCUCGGGUAACUGCGUGCAGUGCGACACGCCCCUGAGGAAGAGCAACUUCCGCGUGCAGCUCUUCGAAGACCCGACCGUAGAUAAGGAGGUGGAGAUUCGCAAGAAGGUGCUGAAGAUAUACAACAAGAGAGAUGUUGACUUCUCCAGCCUGAGAGACUAUAACGAUUACCUGGAGGAAGUGGAGGACAUAGUGUAUAACCUGACAAACAACAUUGAUGUGGAGAACACCAAGCUGAGGAUGGAGCAGUACCAGAGGGAGAACCGAGAUAUCAUACAGAAGAAUAAGGCUAAACUUACACGAGAGCAGGAGGAGCUGGAGGAGCUGCUGUUGCUGGAGCAGCAGGGCAAUGAGCAACGGAGAUUGGAGGUGCUGCAGGAGGAGCAGAGGCAGCUCAACGCCAAGAGGAAGAACAAGCAAGCUCUGCUGGAUGAACUGGAGCAGUCUCAACUUCCUGCCACCAUCUUGCUUGCCCAACACAAGGUCCGUGCUGCCCAGCUGGAGACCCAGAUAGAGCAGCAGAAACAGUCAGUCAAACCUACAAGUCUGUUUUCAACUGGAAUCCAUAUGCGUCAGACCGUGUCUCUCCAGCCUGUGCCCAAGAUAGAAGAAGUUCUGUACCACUACAAGCCCCUUCAAGUUGAAACCUACGGACCCCCAGUACCUGAACUGGAGCAGCUGGGCAGACUCGGGUACCUGAACCACGUGCGGGCUGCCAUGCCUCAGGACACAGCUGGAGGAUACACCUCAGCUUUGGCUUGUCAUCGCGCAGUUCAAGACGCUCUCAGCGGGCUCUUCCUCGUGAGAGGCUAAACGCAUCCACGGCUCAAACAGCACAACAGCCACUGGUUAAAAAUGUGACUAAAAGGACAAUAAAAACUACACUGCUGCCCUCAUGGUCAGUGAACAAUGUUCUGACUGAUUUUUGGUCAAGGUGUGUAUGUCUUUUUAUAUUUUGUGUUGAUUUUAUAUUUAAAUAAAUCACAGUGAACACUGAGA